GUUGGGAGUUGCAUUACUUUUCCUUUCCGAGCUAUGGCGGUGUCGGCGAGUUGCGCCUGGCAAGCCGCGCCUGCGAGGCUCGCCAGGUUGCAGCGGAGAUGUUUCUCAGAUGAGGAAAAGGCAGUACUGUGUCACAGCAACGCUGGUGAUGAAGGAUACUUUAAACGCAAUUUCCAACGUGGAAGACGAACAAGAGUUGAGAUGAUGCAGCAGAUCAGCUCUGCGCACGACCAGAUGCGUGUAUUUUACGAGCUGGGCCGGCAGAAUCUAAUGGCCAAGGGCAGGCUGACUCCAGACGAGGCUGCCAGGUUUGCUCGCAUUGAUGAGCGCCUCUUUAAGCUGCGCGUUUCUUACUUUCGGCUGGGUUGAGCUAAAAGGGUUCGGUGGUCCUUGGGCGCAUUUGUCAUUUGUGUAGGAGCUUGCAAAUCGCUGCUUGAUACUGCCCGAGGCAGAAGGAACCCCUCCAGCUGGAGUUCUAUCAGAGGCACAAACAGUUCCAUGAAGACUAUAUCCGCAAGCGCUUCGCGUUGGGGAAAGAGGAGGAGUGAGUUGGAGUGAUUCGUGUCAUCAUCGUUACAGAGUCUCACGCAUCAGAAGUCUAUGCCAAGAUGUGCACAUG